CGACGAUAUAUACAACGACCUCGUUCAUUCGUUCGUCUGACAUCCACCUCUUUCGCCUUCUCGAGCAGCACUUUCCAACUAGUAACAAAUCACAUCGCCUGGCAACUCGCAACCCGCGACCAUGAUUCACUACCCAGAGAAACACCACGACAACGGGUACAAACCCCAAGCCCCGCCACCUCGACAUGUCACCUCGAUCCUCUCCCCGCAAGAGACCUGCGAGGCCUUGGUAGAAUCGGCCGUGGCGAGGCAUCAUCAGAGGAUAGACAUCUUGUUCCUAAAGGCAGUCUGGGGCGGAAUCCUACUCUCAUACGGCGGUUUCCUCCAAUCCGUCGUCGGCGGUUCACCCAGCGCCAAUGAGAACAACCCCGGCCUGUUGAGGCUGGUCGAAGGUCUAGUCUUCCCCGUCGGUCUUAGCUUGAUCGUCCUGAUCGGAGCGGAACUCUUGACCUCGGACAUGAUGAUCAUGCUCCUCGGCGUCGUCAAGGGCCGGAUCCCUUGGUGGGGGUUGCCUUACAACUAUUUCGUCGUCUUCUGGGGAAACUUGGCAGGCUCCCUGUUCUUCGGCGCCAUCUUCAUCCGGUACUCUGGACUCGCCACCGGCCCCGUAGAGACGUUUAUCACCAACACCGCCGCCACGCGAGGAUCCCUGGAAUGGCACCAAGUCUUCCUCAGAGGAAUCGGGUGUAACAUCAUGGUCUGCCUCGCCGUGUUCGUCGCCCAGAUGAGCAGUGACCUCGUAGGAAAGGUCUUUGGGAUCUAUUUCGUCUUGUCCGCUUUCGUCGUCUCCCAAUUCGAGCACGUCGUCGCCGACAUGUUCGUCAUCCCUCUGGGUAUGAUGUUGAACAAGAGUCCUUCGGUGGCCGUGUACAUCUGGAAGGACAUCCUGGGAGCCUUGAUCGGGAACAUCGUCGGUGGAUGGUUGAUCGGAGUCUCGCUCUACUGGUUCUAUUUGCACCACUCCCCCCAACCCGCCAAGAUCACCGACAACGAGCGCGGACCGGACGUCGAUUCGAACAGCACGAUCGCAGGGGAACACGGCGGGAACCCCAACGGACGAGGCAGUCACUUCUAGGCGUGUAGCUGGAGGAGGGUAUUUUCCCUGAACAAGGGCAGAUGCUUUGGUCGUGCGUAUCGAGGAGGUCGUACUUACUACUGUAUCAAGAACGCUUGUUAGGCUAGGCUGGUGCAUGCUAUUCGAACUCUAUAAUCAUCUUCGUAUAAUCAUUUUUGCUGCCUGCUUUUUCAGAUC